CCAGGAAUCACACUAUGAAAAUUGACUAAAAGAAGGGUUCAGCAUGAAUUGUUCCACGUGGCUAUCCCUCAUCCUGGUGCUGGUGCAACCUUGGCCUUGCUUUACAAGCACACAGAAUGACGGCACUCAAAACACAGAUCAGUCUUUCACAGCAGUUCGAAGAGUGAAACGUGGCUGGGUGUGGGAGCCUCUUUUUGCAACAGAGGAACAGCCUGCAACAAUGCCUGUGUAUGUUGGACAGCUGAAAUCAGAUUUAGAAAAGCAGGAUGGCAACCUAAAGUACAAUUUGACUGGGGAGGGAGCUGGAAGCAUUUUUAUCAUCGAUGAAAAUAAUGGCAAAAUUUAUGUGACACAAAAGCUGGAUCGAGAGAAAAAACCCUUCUACACUCUAAGAGCACAAGCAAUUAAUAGGAAAACACAGCUUCCUGUUGAACCUGAAUCAGAAUUUAUCAUCAAAGUUCGAGAUAUCAAUGAUCAUGAACCACAGUUCUUGGAUGGACCUUACAUAGCCACUGUUCCAGAGAUGUCACCUGAAGGUACUUCGGUUACACAGGUAACAGCUACAGAUGGUGAUGAUCCUUCUUAUGGGAAUAGUGCCCGUCUGCUUUACAGUCUCAUUCAGGGACAGCCCUAUUUCUCUGUGGAGCCAAAGACAGGGGUCAUCAGAAUGGCUUCCGGAAUGGACAGAGAAACAAAAGAUCAGUAUUUGGUCAUCAUUGAAGCCAAAGAUAUGGUUGGGCAAGCAGGGGCACUUUCAGCAACAGCCACUGUUACCAUCAACCUGUCUGACAUCAAUGACAACCCACCUAAAUUUCAACAACAACUCUACUAUAUGAGUGUCUCUGAAGAGGCUCCUGUGGGCACCACUGUAGGAAAAGUCUUUGCGGAAGAUGGCGACAUAGGGGAGAACGCAGCCAUGGACUAUUCCAUUGAAGGAGAUAGCUCAGAUGUUUUUGACAUCAUUACUGAUAAUAAGACUCAAGAAGGAAUUAUCUUAUUAAAAAAGAGAGUGGAUUAUGAGAGCAAGAGGAGAUACAGUAUUCGAGCAAAAGUUGUAAACAGGUACAUUGAUGACCGUUUUCUGAAAGAAGAACCAUUUGAAGACAAAACCAUUGUCAAAAUUGAUGUGGAAGAUGCUGAUGAACCUCCAGUUUUCACCUUGGAAAACUAUGUGAUGGAGAUUCCUGAAGAGUCUGUGAGUGGCACAGUGGUGGGCAUGGUAACUGCUAGAGAUCCAGACAAUGAUGACAGCCCAGUCAGGUACUCUAUUGUCCAUGGCAUGCAUUUAAAGAGAUUGUUCAGCAUCAAUGAACACAAUGGAACAAUCAUUACAACUAAACCUCUGGACCGAGAGAUAGCUUCUUGGCACAACAUAACUGUUACAGCCACAGAAACAAGAAAUCCUGAAAAAAUUUCAGAAGCAAAUGUGUAUAUCCAAGUUCUGGAUGUUAAUGAUCAUGCACCAGAAUUCCCUAAAUAUUAUGAAACAUUUGUUUGUGAAAAUGCAGUUUCUGGAAAGCUCAUUCAAAGCAUCAGUGCGGUGGAUAAAGAUGACUCAACAGAAGGUCACCAUUUUUACUUCUCAUUGGCUCAGGAAGCCACAAACAACUCGAGUUUCACUGUCAAAGAUAAUCAAGAUAACACAGCUGGAAUUUUCACAGCAAAAAGUGGCUUCAACAGGCAAGAGGAGUUUUCUUUCUACUUGCCAAUCAUAAUCCUGGAUAAUGGAACCCCACCACUGACAAGCACAAAUACUCUUACUGUCACCGUCUGUGACUGUGACACUGAAGUUAACAUCUUGUACUGUCGAUACAGAGCUUUUAUGUAUGCCAUGGGUCUCAGCACAGAAGCUCUAGUUGCUGUUUUGGCUUGCAUACUAAUACUCCUAGUGUUCUUUUUGGCAAUUGCAGCCAUAAGGCAGCAGAGGAAGAAGUCUCCCUUCUCAGAGAAAAUAGAAGAGUUUAGAGAGAACAUUGUCAGGUAUGACGAUGAAGGAGGUGGUGAGGAGGACACAGAAGCCUUUGAUAUUUCAGCUCUGAGGACCCGCACUGUCAUGCGAAUGCACAAACCUCGGAAGAAGGUCACCACAGAAAUCCACAGCCUCUACCGACAGUCUCUGCAGGUUGGCCCUGAUAGUGCAAUCUUCAGGCAAUUCAUUUCAGAAAAGCUUGAAGAAGCAAAUACAGAUCCUAGUGUUCCUCCAUAUGACUCACUUCAGACCUAUGCAUUUGAGGGGACUGGCUCUUUGGCAGGCUCCCUCAGCUCUUUAGGUUCAAAUCUGUCAGACAUGGAUCAGAGUUAUGAGUAUCUUACAGACUGGGGACCUCACUUCAAACAGCUUGCAGGCAUGUACACUUCCUGUAGAAGUGUGGGGGAUUAGUUACCCUUUGACUUCUUGUUUUAUUUUCCUAAAUCUCAGCCACCAGAAACAACUAUGGAUUUUUAAAAAGGACAUCAUCCCACACUUAAGCAUGAAAAAUAAAAGGCCAAGUUUGGAUUUUUUUUCUGGACAGUCUUGGAUGUAAAGAUCUUUGGAAGAAUCACACCAGAUAUGUCAUAAGGUGAGGGGAUGGAGAGACUCAUUUGAAAAUCUCGUGGCUAUUUAGGUGUCCAAAUGCAAACUCUGCUGCUUUGUAUAUCUAGGCACACUCCUGGAUCCUAAAAACCCGGGUCCUGCAAGUAUGAAAGGAAUAUAAGCCAUAAAUGGAUAUAAUAAAUAUUCUGUCAUCUAUAAGCUUUAAACAAUUUCCAAAGUUAAACCAGACUUUUGCUGUGGCAGUUAAAUGUAUUCAUUAACCAAAGUUAAACAUGCAUAUUUGUAUAAUGUCUCAUUAUAUAAAUACACUUGUGUGAAAAAGUAGACCCUAGACAUUCUAAUACAAUUCUCAGAAGUGCUCACAGAAUCCUCUAUUUAUUGUUCUUAGGAUGAUAAAACUAUAUUACCUUUUCCUAUCAGUGUAAAAAUAAAAUCCUAUUACAAGAUCAGCAAGAAUUUGAUGCCAUUUUAGUUUUAAAUGGAGUUAUUGGAAAAAUGUACAAACCAAUAUUUAAUUUAGCAAAUAAGAUAGGGAAAAAAGUUAGAAUCAAUAUGAAACAUAAAUACUGCAAUCGACCACAUUAUCUGUUACUGUACUUAGAACGAAAUGCUAUCCAAAUAUAGGCAUUUUUCCUUUUAUUAAGAGUUUAAAGGAUGAGUGAUUUACCAGCAGAGAUUCCUUUUUUUUUCAUUUUAUUAUGCAAUAUAAAAUUAUCUGCACUAGUCAGUUUUAUUAGAACAAUGUUAAGAAUCUUUAAAAUGCUAAGAUGAUGGCUUUAAAACUUUAUGUAUAACAUUAGAUAAUAAAAUAAUAAAAUGUCUUAA